UCUGCGGAUCCUCGCGACUCUCAGAACUCUCUCACGGGACUGCCAACGAAAUAUGACGGACCCGGUCGUAUUGCAGUCGGCGGUGCGAGUGCCCACUCCUCCCCCAGGCGCCCCGUACUCCCCUCAAGCCUCAGCAUCCCGGAAACGCUCACCUCCCUCUCGGUCGCCCUCACCGAAUCGUCGUCGCUCCCCCCCCGGCGAUCCGUCGAAAGACGACGCGGAAGCGCCACGCAUCGACCCUGAGCGCGCGAUCGAGCGAGAGCGCCAGCUCGCGGAGCGCCUUCGCCAGCAUGAGAGACAGGAAACCGCCCGGAAGCCGAUGACGGAGGAGGAAAAACAGGCAGCGGCCAAGGCAGAAUACGAAAAGCUCCUGAACAUGCGCUCGGGUGGCACCUAUAUUCCUCCUGCGCGACUCCGGGCGCUGCAGGCGCAGAUCACAGACAAGACUAGCAAGGAGUACCAGCGUAUGGCGUGGGAGGCCCUGAAGAAGUCGAUCAACGGUCUCAUCAACAAGGUCAACGUUUCCAACAUCAAGUUCAUUGUUCCUGAACUGUUCGGGGAGAACUUGGUGCGCGGUCGCGGUCUGUUUUGCCGGAGUAUCAUGAAAGCCCAAGCGGCCAGUUUACCGUUUACGCCUAUCUACGCUGCGAUGGCCGCUAUCGUGAAUACCAAACUGCCCCAGGUCGGCGAGUUACUGCUUAACCGUCUGAUUGUCCAGUUCCGCAAGGCAUUCAAGCGAAACGAUAAGGCCGUCUGCAUAUCCUCUACAACGUUCAUCGCCCACCUGUGCAACCAGCAGGUUGCGCAUGAGAUGCUGGCCGCGCAAAUCCUUCUGCUGCUGCUUCACAAGCCCACAGACGACAGUGUCGAAAUCUCCGUCGGUCUUACACGAGAGGUCGGUCAGCAUUUGGAAGAGAUGAGUGGCCCGAUCGCCCUGGCGGUGUUUGACCAGUUCCGGAACAUCCUCCACGAAGCCGACAUCGAUAAGCGAGUGCAGUACAUGAUUGAAGUGCUGUUCCAGGUUCGGAAGGACCGAUACAAGGACAACCCGGCGGUCAGGGAAGAAUUGGAUCUGAUCGAGGAGGAGGAUCAAAUCACGCACCAAAUCGGCCUUGACGACGAGAUCGAGACCCAGGAUUCUCUGAAUAUUUUCAAGUAUGAUGCGGAGUGGGAAGAGCAUGAGGAGGCGUACAAGAAUCUCAAGGCGGAGAUUCUAGGAGAGGGCAGCGACGACGAGGAAGACGAGGACGAAUCGGACGAGAGCUCUGACGAGGAAUCGGAGGAGGAGCGGAAGAUGGACAUCAAAGACCAAACCAACACAGAUCUCGUCAACCUGCGCAGGACGAUCUACUUGACCAUCAUGUCCAGUAUAGAUUUCGAAGAAUGUUGCCACAAACUGAUGAAGAUCUCGCUGCCGGCUGGUCUUGAACCCGAGCUUCCGUCGAUGGUCAUCGAGUGCUGCUCCCAGGAGCGCACGUAUUCGAAGUUCUACGGCUUGAUUGGAGAACGCUUUGCGAAGAUCAACCGCCUCUGGUCAGAUCUCUUCGAGGCAGCCUUUGCCAAGUACUACGACACCAUCCACCGCUACGAGACAAACCGACUCCGCAACAUCGCGCGGUUCUUCGGCCAUAUGCUCAGCAACGAUGCCAUCGGGUGGCAUGUCAUGUCGAUCAUCCACAUGAACGAGGAAGAGACGACAUCCAGCAGCCGUAUCUUUAUCAAGAUCCUGUUCCAGGACCUGGGUGAGCAUAUGGGUCUGCCCAAGCUGCAGGAGCGCAUGAGAGACGACAUUCUACGCCCCAGCUUCGAAGGCCUUUUCCCACUGGACAACCCCCGCAACACGCGCUUCUCGAUCAACUACUUCACCAGUGUCGGCAUGGGCUUGCUGACGGAGGACAUGCGCGAACACCUCAAGAACCUCCCCAAACCCACGGUUCCUGCAUUGCCUGCACGGGACGGCGGCGCCGAAUCCGACGCCGAGUCCGAUAUCUCCCAUCCCACCAGCUGCUCCACCUGCACUCCUCGCUCUCGCUCUCGCUCUCGCUCCCGCUCCCGCUCCCGCUCCUACUCCUACUCCCGCUCUCCCUCCCGCAGCCGCGGCCGCAGAGGCUCCGUCACCCGGGGCAGAUCCUACACCCGAUCCGUAUCGGGCUCCUCGCGCCGCAGCUACAGCUACACCCCAUCGCGGUCACGGUCCCCUGCCCCCAAGACCCGCGCGCGCUCCGCCUCAUACAGCCGGUCCCGAUCUCCAGCCCCACGCAGAAGACCCUCCGUGUCGCGUUCACCGCCACCCCGCCGGACCCGGGAUCGGUCCUACGAUUCCCGCUCCCCUCGUCGCAGUGUGAGCCCUCCUCCCAGACGUCCCGCCGCCUCUCGGUCCAUCACACCCCCUCGCAAGCGCGACACCAACGCCCGGAGAGAGAGAGACAGAGACCGCAGCUACUCCCGCUCACCGUCCCGGUCCGUGACCCCCCCCCCUCGGCGACCCGCCCAGACGCGCGGAACCCGCUACUCGGAGUCCCGAUCGCCUCCUCCCCGCAGGCGGGUUGAAAGGAGUGUAUCCGGAUCUCGCUCCGACUCGCGGUCUCGGUCUCGGUCUCGUUCCCCGCGCCGUCCACGCCCCAGCCGCCGAGCUGCUCGCGACGCCUCCGUCUCGCGCUCUCCAACCCCACCCCCACGGUCCGCGCGUGACGAGCCCCGCCGUCGUCGCCGGUACUCAGAUUCCCGCUCGCCAUCCCGCUCUCCGCCCCGUCGGGCAGCGCGCGAUUAGUCGCAGACCUGAAACAUACAUGCAUACAUUCAUUCAUACUCAGACCGAAGGAAAUCAUGCCAGGCCGGGUAAAUCGAUAUUUGCAGAUAGACAGGUUCAAGCCUGCGGACGGCCGUGGACAAGGUUUGGUAGGAUGGGAUGGGAUAGGAUGGGACAUGAGAGGGUAUGAUAGGGUAUGAUAGUCUAGUCUAGUCUAGUCAGGAAGGAAGGAAGGGAGAUCUUUUGUUUGUAAUGGAUUGGAUGUAUCUAUACGUUGACAAUUUGGUGUUUGCUGCCUUGCCUUGCCUUGCCUAUGCGGAACAGAAAAGAAUUGCAUUGUCGGUAGACUUACCCUUCCUUCCUUCUUUCUACUUUCUACUUUCUACUUUCUACUUUCUACUUUCUACUUUCUACUUUCUACUUUCUACUUUCUACUUUCUACUUUCUACUUUCUCUUUGUGGGGACUGUAUCUAUGUCUAUGUC